AUGACUGACAUACUCACUUAUUAACCUGGAAUACCUAAUGAUUAAAUUCUUUAAAAUAUAAUAGGAUAUUCUACAAUAAUAAAAACACCUUUUGGUUAAAAAUUAGCUUUAUAUGCUGAUCAUACAGCAACGGGUCGUCCCUUUUAACUAAUAGAAGAUAUAAUAGCUUAAAAAAUAAAGCCAAUGUUGGCAAACUCCCAUACUGAAACAUCUCUAAUGGGUUACUUUUCAACUCAGAUGCUUCAUUAUGCAGAAGAAUCGAUCUUAGCUUCUUUCAAAGUUAAUAAAUCUACACAUUUCGCUAUACCAACAGGCAAUGGGGCGACAGGUGCCUUUGAAAGACUUACAAAGAUAUUGAGGAUUUCGGAUAUAACAAAGUAGGCUAUUUGGGAAAAGAACAGUUAAGGAAUUCCCUAUGUGUAUAUAACUCCAUAUGAACAUCAUUCUAAUAUUUUAUCUUGGUAAUUAAGCGGUUGUAAACUAUAAAAAGUACAAAGUGAUAGCUAUGGAAAUAUGCAUAUUAAUGAUAUGAAAGAAAAGCUAUUUUAAAAUCAAAAUUAGAACGUUCAAAUUGUUUCUGUUAGUGCUACUUCUAAUGUGACCUCUUAAAGGACUAAUCUUAGCAAAGUUAAUGAUGUCAUUAAAGAGUACAGAGAAAAACAUCUUUAAGAAGGACAUAAAAUUUACUUUAUUGUUGAUGCUGCUGCUUUUUGUUCUCAUAAUAGACUUAAUUUAAGUUAAAAUGGAUUAUCAGAAGUUGACUUUGUGUGCAUUUCUCCACAUAAACAUUUAGGAGGAGCUGAAGCUACAGGAAUACUAAUUUCAAGGCUUGUGGCUUAUGAUAGUACUUAACCUCCAAGUUUUCCAGGAGGAGGAACUGUAAAAGCUGUAGUUGGUUUAGAUGUUGAAUAAACUUGGUAUGACGAUGAUCCUUUUGCUCGAGAAAUGCCCGGAACUCCAAAUGCAGUAGGAUUUUAUAGAGCGGCUCUUACUUUUGAGUUAUAAGAUAAAAUUGGUAUAGAAUAUAUAUUAGAAAAAGAAGAAUAGAAUGCGAAAUAUUUUUAUAAGCGAAUAUAAGAGAUAAAUUAAGAAUUUAAGAAGAAAGAAUAUAUUCCUCCUAGAGAUAUUUUGAUUUACGGAGAUCCAGAUAUUGAAAUAAGAUAUGAUGUCUUUUCCUUUAACAUUUAUGGACCAGGCACUAAUACAGAUUCCUAAGGAAAGUCUCUUUUCCAUCCUAAUUAUGUCGCCAGACUUCUAAAUGAUAUUUUUGGAAUUCAAGUCAGAAGUGGAUGUAGUUGUGCUGGACCUUAUGGAGUUCUUUUAUUGGGAAUUCCGGAAAAAAAAGCUACUGAAAUUGUUGGAGAAUUACUUUAAGGAUAUGAAGAUGUUAAACCUGGAUGGGUACGUUUGGAUACAUUUUUUUCUUUUGAAAAAUACGAAAUAGAUUAUAUUGUUGAAGCUAUUAAAAGUAUUGCUAUGUGGGGAGAAAAGCUUUAAAGAUUUUAUGAACUCGAUCAAAAUACAGGAUAAUGGACUUUAAGAAAUAAUUCACAUCCUACUUUCAGUUUUUAAUUGGAUGAGGUAAUGAAUAAUGUGAUUGAUUAAGCUAGUUUAGAUGAACGAGACGAAUAUUUUAGAAAAUAAUUAUAAAUUGCCCUUUGUUAAGCUCCUUGA